CAUCGCGUAUCGAUCCAUCGCAUUGGGAAGAACCCUAAAAACGGGUUUAUCAGGAUUUUAGGGCGAGGGCGAGAAGAAUGGAGGCUUCCAUCGCAAUGCCGGAGAUCCGGACGCAAGAAUGCCGGGCGCUGGCGAGCUCUGCGCUCUGCGGCACGCUGGGAAGAGCGCCGCGAUCCGCCGCGCGCUGCGGAUCUAGGAAAGCUUGUCUCCAAAUCAGAGCGGCUGUCAUGCAAUCCACACCAUUGCCGAUGCGUAGCAACGAGCUCAAGAACAGUACGCCCGUGGAAGAGAUGAAGAAGCUGAGGCUCAUCUCGGCUAUCAAGACUCCAUAUCUUCCAGAUGGAAGGUUUGAUCUGGAAGCUUACGAUUCACUGGUAAGAACCCAGGUCGAUCACGGUGUGGAGGGACUUAUCGUAGGGGGAACCACAGGAGAGGGUCAUCUCAUGAACUGGGACGAGCACAUCAUGCUCAUCGCCCGCACGGUGAAUUGCUUUGGAGACAAGAUAAAAGUGAUUGGAAACACUGGCAGCAACUCCACUCGAGAGGCGAUCCACGCGACCGAGCAGGGAUUUGCGGCGGGCAUGCAUGCUGCGCUCCACAUCAAUCCUUACUACGGGAAGACGUCCAUGGAUGGGCUUUUGCUCCACUUCAAGAGCGUGCUCGCUAUGGGUCCGACUGUGAUCUAUAACGUUCCCGGAAGAACUGGCCAAGACAUUCCACCGUCGGUGAUCGAGAAGAUAGCGAGCAGUCCAAACUUCCUGGGUGUCAAGGAGUGUAUGGGAAACGAACGCGUGAAGCACUACACUGAGCAGGGGAUCGCGGUGUGGAGUGGAAACGACGAUCAGUGCCAUGACUCGAGGUGGGACUUCGGUGCUCGAGGUGUGAUUUCGGUGGUGAGCAACUUGGUUCCCAAGUUGAUGCACGAGCUCAUGUUCUCCGGGAAGAACCAGGAGCUCAACGAGAAGCUGAUGCCUUUGAUCAACUGGCUGUUCGUGGAGCCGAAUCCCAUCGGACUAAACACUGCCUUGUCGCAGCUCGGGCUCAUCCGGCCGGUCUUUCGGCUACCGUAUGCUCCUCUCAACGUUGAGAAGAGGCAAGAGUUCGUGAAGAUCGUCGAGGGCAUUGGACGCGACAAUUUCCCUGGCUGCACGGAAGUCCGGCUGCUCAAGGACGAUGAUUUUCUUCUCGUGGAGAGGUACUGAAGGAGAGAAAUUCUCAGAGUUUCAGUGCUGUUGGUUCUUAUGAAACUGGCAGAGAAAUGUAUCAAUCAUAUCGUGAUUUUCGUUUCCUUU